GGGGGCGACGCGCCGGCCCCCUCGGAACCGGAAGUGGAGCCUGGGAGCCUUGACGUUAGGAACGAAGUCGAACCUGGAUCUGGAGCCGGGUGAGACCAAGUCGGGGAUGCUCUCAUAAUGAACCUUAACCAGUCAGCUCCACCUGUGCCGCCGUUUGGGCAGCCCCAGCCUGCCUACCUAGGGCAUCAUCAAUCCAGCUAUGGUGGGCAACCAGGGUCCACAACCGCCCCCACUUCCUAUGGAGCCUACAAUGGCCCAGUACCAGGCUAUCAGCAAACCCCUCCCCCAGGUGUUUCAAGAGCCCCACCUUCUUCAGGGGCACCUCCAGCCUCGACAGCACAGGGCCCUUGUGGCCAGACUGCAUAUGGCCAGUUUGGACAAGGAGAUGUACAGAAUGGGCCAAGCUCCACUGUUCAGAUGCAGAGGCUCCCUGGGUAUCAGCCAUUUGGGUCAGCCAUAUUGGCCCCUGUGGUCAGCCAGCCAGCUGUGCUUCAGCCCUAUGGCCCUCCCCCAACAAGUGCACAGGUGACUGCUCAGCUGGCAGGAAUGCAGAUCAGUGGUGCUGUGGCCCCAGCCUCUCCACCUUCAGGGCUAGGCUAUGGCCCACCAACAUCGCUGGCCUCAGCCUCAGGAAGUUUCCCUAACUCUGGUCUGUAUGGCUCCUAUCCUCAGGGCCAAGCUCCUCCCCUUGGCCAGGCCCAGGGUCAUCCUGGGGCCCAGCCUCCCCAGCGAUCUGUCCCACUACAGGCCUCCAGCUUCACACCCCCAGCUUCAGGGGGUCCUCGGAUGCCUUCGAUGACUGGUCCUCUCUUGCCUGGACAGAGUUUUGGGGGGCCCCCAGUGAGCCAGCCCAACCAUGUGUCCUCACCUGCUCCUCAAGUUCUGCCCCCUGGCACCCAAAUGACUGGGCCCCCAGGACCGCCACCGCCACCGCCACCUAUGCACUCCUCCCAGCAGCCAGGCUAUCAGCUGCAACAAAAUGGUUCCUAUGGACCAACCCGGGGCCCUCAGUCCAAUUAUGGAAGUCCCUACCCAGGAGCAGCCGCUUUUGGAAGUCAGCCUGGGCCUCCUCAACCAUUGCCUCCUAAGCGCCUGGACCCUGAUGCCAUCCCGAGCCCUCAACUCAAUGAGCUGCCUCCUCAGCAGAAAACCAGGCACAGAAUAGACCCUGAUGCCAUUCCUAGUCCAAUUCAGGUUAUUGAGGAUGACAGGAACAACCGGGGUUCAGAGCCAUUUGUUACUGGAGUACGGGGCCAGGUGCCACCCUUAGUCACCACCAACUUCCUCGUGAAAGACCAAGGGAAUGCAAGUCCCCGAUACAUCCGAUGCACAUCCUAUAAUAUCCCUUGCACAUCUGACAUGGCUAAGCAGGCUCAGGUGCCCCUGGCAGCUGUCAUCAAGCCGCUGGCAAGGCUGCCCCCAGAGGAGGCUUCACCGUAUGUCGUCGACCACGGGGAAUCUGGCCCUUUGCGCUGCAAUCGCUGCAAAGCAUACAUGUGCCCUUUCAUGCAGUUCGUUGAGGGAGGGAGGCGCUUCCAGUGCUGCUUUUGCAGCUGUAUCAACGAUGUUCCCCCCCAGUAUUUUCAACAUCUGGAUCAUACCGGCAAACGUGUGGAUGCUUAUGACCGUCCUGAGCUGUCCCUGGGUUCUUAUGAAUUCUUGGCCACUGUAGAUUACUGCAAGAACAAUAAGUUCCCCAGCCCUCCUGCCUUCAUCUUCAUGAUUGACGUCUCCUACAAUGCCAUCAGGAGUGGUCUUGUUAGGCUCCUCUGUGAGGAGCUCAAGUCACUGUUAGACUUCCUGCCUAGGGAGGGCGGGGCAGAAGAGUCAGCAGUCCGCGUUGGCUUUGUCACCUAUAAUAAGGUGCUCCACUUCUACAAUGUGAAGAGCUCAUUGGCCCAGCCACAGAUGAUGGUUGUAUCUGACGUGGGUGACAUGUUUGUGCCACUGCUGGAUGGCUUCCUGGUCAAUGUCAAUGAGUCUCAAGCAGUCAUCACCAGCUUAUUGGAUCAGAUUCCAGAAAUGUUUGCAGACACAAGGGAGACAGAGACAGUAUUUGCCCCAGUUAUCCAGGCUGGGAUGGAGGCUCUGAAGGCUGCUGAGUGUGCAGGGAAGCUCUUUCUGUUCCACACCUCCCUGCCCAUUGCAGAGGCCCCAGGGAAACUGAAGAACAGAGACGACAGGAAGUUGAUCAACACAGACAAGGAGAAGACUCUGUUCCAGCCUCAGACAGGUGCCUAUCAGACCCUGGCCAAAGAGUGUGUGGCCCAAGGCUGCUGCGUAGACCUCUUCCUCUUCCCUAACCAGUAUGUGGAUGUGGCCACGCUCUCUGUUGUACCCCAGCUCACUGGUGGCUCUGUCUAUAAAUACGCUUGCUUUCAGGUGGAAAAUGACCAGGAGCGGUUCCUGAGUGACCUGCGUCGGGAUGUACAGAAGGUCGUUGGCUUUGAUGCUGUGAUGCGGGUCCGGACAAGCACUGGUAUCCGUGCUGUAGAUUUCUUUGGGGCUUUCUACAUGAGCAACACAACAGAUGUGGAGCUGGCUGGGCUGGAUGGGGACAAGACGGUGACUGUGGAGUUCAAGCAUGACGAUCGGCUCAAUGAAGAGAGUGGAGCCCUCCUGCAGUGUGCCCUGCUCUAUACCAGCUGUGCAGGGCAGCGACGGCUCCGCAUCCACAACCUCGCCCUCAACUGCUGCACUCAGCUGGCUGAUCUGUAUCGAAACUGUGAGACUGACACGCUCAUCAACUACAUGGCCAAGUUUGCAUACCGGGGGGUCCUGAACAGCCCUGUGAAGACUGUUCGUGACACUCUCAUCACUCAGUGUGCCCAGAUCCUGGCCUGUUACAGAAAGAACUGUGCCAGCCCCUCCUCUGCAGGACAGUUGAUCCUUCCUGAGUGCAUGAAGCUACUCCCAGUUUACCUGAACUGUGUAUUGAAGAGUGAUGUCCUGCAGCCUGGAGCUGAAGUCACAACUGAUGACCGGGCCUAUGUCCGACAGCUGGUUACCUCCAUGGAUGUGGCUGAGACCAAUGUCUUCUUCUAUCCUCGGCUCCUACCGUUGACAAAGUCUCCCAUUGAGAAUACUACUGAACCACCAGCAGUUCGAGCAUCUGAAGAGCGUCUAAGCAACGGGGAUAUAUAUUUGCUGGAGAAUGGGCUCAACCUGUUCCUCUGGGUGGGAGCAAGUGUCCAGCAGGGUGUUGUCCAGAGCCUCUUCGGUGUCUCCUCCUUCAGUCAGAUCACCAGUGGCUUGAGUGUUCUGCCAGUUCUGGAUAAUCUGCUGUCCAAGAAGGUGCGAGGCCUCAUUGACAGUUUGAGGGCACAGAGAUCACGGUACAUGAAGCUUAUUGUGGUGAAACAAGAGGACAAGCUGGAGACACUGUUCAAACACUUCCUGGUGGAAGACAAGAGCCUGAGCGGCGGAGCAUCCUAUGUGGACUUUCUCUGUCAUAUGCACAAGGAGAUUCGGCAGCUACUGAGCUAGAGCAUGUGGGUAAACAGCAUAGGGUCCAGGCCAGCUUCCAGAAAAUACCCCAGGACAGCAGAGAAAUUGGGACAGUUCCAUAUAUUAUAAGUC